UGGCCGGCGGGGCGGGGCGGCGGCGAUGAUUGGUCCGGGUGGGGGUUAGCCACGCCUUCCCGGAAGUGUCGCUCCGGCAGUAGCGCCCGGCUGGAGGGCGGGAGGGUCCGGCCGCACCUAGCGAAGCACCGCAGGACCCCCCCUCCUCAGGGAGGGGGCACCCACCCCCCCCCAAAGGCUCUGCUGUCACCCCCCCUGCACCCCAACACCCGUCCCAGUCCCCCCCCCUCCAUGCCGCUAGGCCUGGGUCGUCGCAAGAAGCCCCCGCCGCUGGUGGAGAACGAGGAGGCGGCGGGGGGGAGCGGGGGGGCUACCGGGGAAACCCCGGGGGUCUCAGUGGGGGUUCCUGGGGGGCCACCCCCCCCGGGGCUCCCCCCGCUGCCCCCCGCCCUUCGGCCUCGCCUGGUCUUCCACACGCAGCUGGCUCACGGCAGCCCCACCGGCCGCGUCGAGGGAUUCACCAACGUCCGCGAGCUCUACGGCAAGAUCGCCGAGGCCUUCUGCAUCCCACCGGGAGAGGUGAUGUUCUGCACCCUCAACACGCACAAGGUGGACAUGGAGAAGCUGUUGGGUGGCCAGAUCGGCCUCGAGGACUUCAUCUUCGCCCACACCAAGGGCCAGCGCAAGGAGGUCGAGGUCUUCAAGUCGGAGGAGGCCCUGGGUCUCACCAUCACUGACAACGGCGCCGGCUACGCCUUCAUCAAGCGGAUUCGGGAGGGCAGCGUCAUCGACCGCAUCCCGGUGAUCAGCGUCGGGGACAUGAUCGAGGCCAUCGACGGGCAGAGCCUGGUGGGCGCCCGUCACUACGAGGUGGCCAAGAUGCUGAAGGAGUUGCCCCGGGGACGUACCUUCGCCCUCCAGCUCACCGAGCCCCGCAAGGCCUUCGACAUGAUCGGCCCACGGGCUGGGGGGGGCCGCGGCGGGGGCACCCAGCUGGGCACCGGCCGGGGCACCCUGCGCCUCCGCGCCCGGGGACCCGCCACCGUCGAGGAGCAGCCGUCAGCUUUCGAGGAACGGGCCGUGGCCAAGGUGGACGAUCUGCUGGAGAGCUACAUGGGCAUCCGGGACAGCGAGCUGGCCGCCACCAUGGUGGAGCUGGGUCGGGACGCCCGGGACCCCGACGCGCUGGCCCAGGCUCUCGAUUCCCAGCUCGGGGAUUUCGCUUUCCCCGACGAGUUCGUCUUCGACGUCUGGGGGGCCAUCGGCGACGCCAAGGUGGGGCGCUGCUAGGGACCCCCCCCCCCUUACCCCAGGACUGGGGGGGGGGACCCCUGGCCUGAACUGGGAACGCCCCCCGCCCCCGGGAUUUGGGGGAUCUGCUCCCUCGCCAUGGACUGGGCCCCCCCCCCCCCCCCCGGCUCUGUUCUGUGAUUGGGGAUCCCCCCCCGCUUGCAAAUGGGGCCCCCCCCCAAAAGCUGGACACCUCCCCCCCCCCCAAAAAAAAAUCUGCUGGAGAUGGGGGACCCCUGGCAUUCCUCAAUGGACCUGGGUGCCCCCACCCUAACUCUAGACACUCCCCCCAAAAUUACCUGCCCCCCCCUUCUCAGCUAGGGCCCCCCCGACCUGGGACCACCACUACAUCCUGGCACCCCCCCCCGCCAAGGGACGUGGGUGCCCCCCCCACCUUUAGACCCCCCCCAUUACUUGUCCCCCCCCCUCUUUCUCAGCCAGGGCCACCACAUGGGACCACCACUACAUCCUGGGACACCCCCCCCCCAAAGGGACCUGGGUGCCAACUCCCCAAAUAGCCCCCCCUCCCCCAAGUGGCCUGGGACCCCCAACAGCGGUGGGUGCCCCCCCCCCCUUCUUGCCCCCCCCCAGAUGUGGAUUCUCCCCCAUCUAGGGACCUCCCCCAUUUGCUGGGGGGAGGCCUCUCCAUGGACCUAGGUGCCCCCCCUGUAUUUUGGGACCCCCCCUCAACCAGGGGACCCCACCCCACGGACUGGGACCCCCCCCCCCUGCCGUGGGCCUGGGUUCCCCCCCAUGACACUAAUGCCCCCCCCGCCUGCAGGAUGAGGUAUGAGGGUCCCCUACUUUACCUCCCCCCCCCAAGGGGCUUUUUGGAGGGAGGGGGGACUGGAGCAGCCCUGUCCCCCCCCCCCCCUCCAAAAUAUGACACAGACCUUCCCCGCUGCUGCUGUCCCACCCCCCCGGUGCCAAUCUGAGCCUGUCACACACUGUCACCCCUUCCGACACUGACACACUGUUGUCCCCCCCCCUGUGACACGCUGUCCCCCCCCACCAUGACACAUUGUACCCCCCCCCCAGUGACACACUGUCCCCCCCCCAUCGCACUGACUACCUCGGGGGGGGCGUAGGGGGGGGACACAGCACAG